AUGCCUUCUGACGAGUCUCUUGCUCACCCCACGACCGCCAAUAAUGCUGUCCUCCGCAGCAUAAACCCCAACUAUACCGGCUACGACUAUGUAAGCUGGUACGUCGGCAACGCCCGCCAAGCGGCCACUUACUUCGUUGCCCAUUUUGGCUUCAGCAUCAGCGCCUAUCGAGGCCCCGAGACAGGAUCCUACCUUACGUGUUCGUACGUUGUCUCCAACGGCACAGCCCGGUUUGUGUUCACUGCACCUAUCGUCGCGGCGGACAACGCCUCCGAAAAUCGAUCGGAGGAGGAUCGGGGGUUGCUUGCAGAGAUCCAAGCACACCUCAACAAACAUGGCGAUGGAGUCAAAGACAUCGCCUUCCAGGUUGACGAUGUGACAGGAGUCUGGGAGCAUGCCGUCAAGAACGGUGCCCUCUCGCUCCAGGAACCCACGAUCCUGAAAGACGAAAUCGAUGGAGAGGUUCUCCGGGCCACGAUCAAGACCUACGGAGACACUGCGCACACUCUCAUCAACCGGUCCGCCUAUCGGGGGCCUUUUCUUCCAGGCUACUCUGCAGUGCCCGGCUUGGACCGCCUGAAUGAUGUUCUGCCGCCUGUCAAUGUGAUCGAGAUUGACCACUGUGUAGGAAACCAGCCAUGGGAUGGGCUGGAUACAAUUGUCAAAUUCUACGAGGAUGCGUUGAAUUUCCACCGUUACUGGACCGUUGACGACAAGGAAAUGUGUUCCGAGUUCUCCGCUAUGCGCUCUGCCGUCGUUGCCUCGCCCAAUGAGGUGAUUAAGAUGCCCAUGAAUGAGCCGGCUGUCGGGCUCAAGAAAUCCCAGAUCGAAGAAUUCGUCGACUACUACAACGGCGCUGGCUGCCAGCACAUCGCCUUCCGAACCCACGACAUCAUCUCCGCCGUCGAGAACCUGGGCAAGCGUGGGGUCAACUUCCUCACCGUGCCAGAAAACUAUUAUGCCACGAUGAAGAAACGGCUCGCUGCCAGCAACGUCUCGAUCGCGGAGAACAUCGACACCCUACAGAAGUAUAACAUCCUUAUUGAUUUCGACGAGGGCGGCUACCUGUUGCAGAUCUUCACUAAGCACGUCGUUGAUCGUCCGACGGUGUUCAUCGAGAUCAUUCAGCGGGAGAACUUCGAUGGGUUUGGCGCUGGGAAUUUUCGGAGUUUGUUCGAGGCGUUCGAGCGGGAUCAGGCCGCUAGAGGGAAUCUGUGA